UAGAAUCUAAGCAAAGUGAAGUUUGUGGAUCAACCCUGAGUGAUAAAGUGUCAGUCAGUGCAGCCCCUCCUCUCUCAGCGUCUCCGUAGAGCAGCAGACGGACCAGCAGCAGGAAGUAGGCGGGCUCAGCUUCAGGCUCUCAGCUUCAGUGAAACAUGGUCAGAUCACUGAGAAGAACAAUGGAAGGCACAUCUCACUGUCUGAUCUUUCUGAUCUUGUUGCUGAGCUGCUCAACAGAUCCAGUUCUCCCAGUUCAUCUGACUGUGAGUCCCAGCAGAUCUCAGUUCUUUGUGAGAGAAUCAGUGACUCUGAUCUGUGAGGAUGAAAACAGACCUGAUGGAUGGACUGUGAGGAGAAAAACAACCGGAGGAACCAGGAAGAGAUGUGGAGAUGAUUUUGGGCAUUUUGCUGGUUCUUCCUGCAGCAUCAACUCCCUGUAUCCAUCAGAUACUGGUGUGUACUGGUGUGAGUCCAGGUCUGGAUCCUCCAGCAGCAGCAGCAUCCAGCUCUCUGUCUCUGGUGGAUCAGUGAUCCUGCAGAGUCCUGUCCUCCCUGUGAUGGAGGGAGAUGACGUCACUCUGAGCUGCAGAGCAAGGAAUCCAACCCACAACCUCCCAGCUGCUUUCUAUAAAGAUGGCUCCUUCAUUGGUGAUGGAUCAUCAGGUCACAUGACCCUCCUCCAUGUUUCCAGCUCUGAUGAAGGCCUCUAUAAAUGUAACAUCAGAGGUCAUGGAGAGUCUCCAUCCAGCAGGAUCUCUGUCAAAGAGAAACCAACAACCACUUCUGGUCCUCCAACCUCUCCAUCAUCAUCAUCAUCAUCAUCAUCCUCUCCACCUUCCUCCCAGUCUGCUCUCUAUGUUUCUCUAUCAUCUGGGAUUGUUGUGGUUUUCCUGCUGGUUCUACUGGUUCUACUGGUGAAACGUCUUCAUAGAAAACCUGAAGGAAAUCAAUUCGUUGGAGAGGAAAGAAUCAUUUACAGCGACGUCAAAGUUUCACAUCAACGACAGAAAAACAAAUCAAAUGAAGAAAACCGUCCAGCUGUGGUUUAUUCUGCUGUUAGAGGAGAGGAAGUGAUUUAUGGAGAAAUCAUCAGAAACAAGGGAAACAAGUCAAAGACCAGAGAUGUUCCUCCAGAACCAGAUGUUUCCUGA